GUAGCCAACUCCCAUGUGCAGCACUGUCUGGACUCUAGAAGAUGCUCUGAUUCAAGAGGAUGGAAAGAAAUUCCCUAAGCCAGUAAGAAAAAUAGAAGAAACCCAAAUGGGCAAUGAGUGCAUGGGAACUCACUCACCUCACUGGAAAGGAGGGAAUGGCAAGCCAGCCCACUGAAGCCCACCGGGGACACAGGACAAGGCCGCAAAGCAGAGACAGCCCCUCCAGGAAGAGCAACCAGGCCUUGAGAGGACAUGGCCUUAGGACCAGAUCCAGGGAAGACACAGUCACUAACCCCUGGCUCAUCUGGCAGGUGUGGGAAGCAGCCAGGCCCAUGGCUUCACCAGCUCCCCCCGAUCUCUGCCUUCAGCUGUCCUGCAGCCUAGGUCAGGCACCUAUGCAGCUUUAUGGCAGGCAGAGGUGCACCACCCACAUCCCCUUUCCAGGCAGGGCUUGCUGCCCUGGCUGUAGUGAGUGUGGCAGCAGAUGGCCCCCAGCUAUCAGCAACUUCAGAGAACUGCCUCGCCUGAGGUCCCGUCCCUUCUGGGGAAGCUCCCAUCUGCCAGAGGGCUACAAAAGCACAGUGGACAACAUGAUGGGCAAUUCUGGCUCGUGGAGCACCACCUGGUGGCUGAGGCAUUGUUGGGCCACAUUGCAGUUGACUUUGCCCUCUCCACCAUCUUUUCACAAGUGUUAAUCCCAAUAAACACCCAUCCUCUUCCAUCCCAAA